AUGUCGGUUUCAAGAUUAUUUUCCAACCCUAAAUUCGUUUACCCAUUGGUUGGUGCCACUAUUGGCUCAAUUGGUUUGGCAUAUUACUCAACGCAAGCACAAUUUUACAUUGCCAACGAGACCGGAAAGACAUUCACUGGUGGUGACCAAUGGAUUGACUUGAAAUUGAAGAAAUCCGAAGAUCUCACACACAACACCAAGCACUUGACCUUUGAGUUGCUCAACCCAGAUGAUGUUUCUGGAUUAAUUACCGCUUCAAUGUUGAUGACUAAAUACGUAACACCAAAGGGUAACAAUGUUAUUAGACCAUAUACUCCCGUCUCUGACCCAGACCAAAAGGGCACUCUUGACUUUGUCAUCAAGAGAUAUGAAAAUGGUAAAAUGUCAAACCACAUUCACAACUUGAAAGAAGGAGAGACUUUAUCAUUCAAGGGACCUGUUGUGAAAUGGAAGUGGGAACCAAACCAAUUCAAGUCAAUUGCCUUGAUUGGUGGUGGUACUGGUAUCACACCAUUAUACCAAUUGUUGAGAGAAAUCACUUCAAACCCAGAAGACAAGACCAAGGUCAGCUUGAUCUACGGUAACACCUCACCAGAAGAUGUAUUGAUCAAGGACAGAAUUGAUGACAUUGCUGCUAAGCACAAGGACCAAGUGAAAGUCACCUACUUUGUUGAUGAAAACAAGGCAACCAAGGAUUGGGAAGGUGAAGUUGGUUUCAUCACCAAGGAAUUCUUGGAGAAGGAGUUGGACAAGCCAAGCCCAGACUUCAAGAUCUUUGUUUGUGGUCCACCAGGUUUGUACAAGGCCAUCUCUGGUGUCAAAGUCUCACCAACCGACCAAGGUGAAGUUGAAGGUGCUUUGAAAGAUUUGGGAUUCAGCAAAGAACACGUUUUUAAAUUUUAG